GGCAGAAGGCCGUGUGGGGCUGUGGAGCUGCGCCCACCUCGGUAACUUCUCUAUGAUGGGGCCAGUGUGGCUGUGGCUGCUGGUAACCGAGGUCCUGCUCCCUGUUCAUUGUCAGCCAUUUUCUCCCCACGGAGAGAAGAGUCUGGGGGUGCCUCAACCAGCCAGCCACCAGCUCCUGGAGCCAGCACCCACCUAUGGCAAGGUCACACCCACCAUCACUAAUUUUGCUUUGCGUCUCUACAAACAGCUAGCAGAGGACGUCCCCGAAAACAUCCUCUUCUCCCCCGUGAGCCUCUCUAGCAUCCUGGCUCUUCUCUCUCUUGGGGCACCUGCUGACACCCAAAUUCAGAUUCUGGAGAGCCUGGGCUUCAACCUCACGGAGACCCCAGCAGCUGACGUCCACCGGGGCUUCCAGAGCCUCCUGCACACACUUGACCUGCCCAGCCCCAAACUGGAACUGAAAGUGGGGCAUUCCCUGUUCUUAGACAGGCACCUGAAGCCUCAGCAGCGCUUUCUGGACAGCGCCAAGGAGCUGUAUGGAGCACUGGCUUUUUCUGCCAACUUCACGGAUGCAGCUGCCACAGGGCAGCAGAUCAACGACCUGGUGAGGAAGCAGACCUAUGGGCAGGUGGUGGACUCUCUCCCGGAGUUUGGCCCUGACACCGUCAUGGUUCUCUUGAACUACAUCUUCUUCAAAGCCAAAUGGAAGCAUCCCUUUGAUCGCUACCAGACCCGGAAGCAAGAGAGCUUCUCCCGGGACCAGAGGACGGCACUCCGCAUCCCAAUGAUGCGGCAGAAGGAAAUGCACAGGUUCCUGUAUGACCAGGAGGCAUCGUGCACUGUCCUUCAGAUCGAGUACAGUGGCACUGCCCUGCUGCUGCUGGUCCUCCCUGACCCUGGGAAGAUGCAGCAGGUAGAGGCUGCCCUCCAACCAGAGAGGCUGAGAAGGUGGAGCCAGAGGUUCCUGCCCAGUCUGCUGGAUUUGCACCUGCCAAGGUUCUCAAUAUCUGCAUCCUACAACCUGGAAGAGAUCCUGCCCCUCAUUGGUCUCAGCAACAUGUUUGACAUGGAAACUGACCUAUCAGGAAUCAUGGGGCAACUCAACAGAACUGUCUCCAGGGUGUCACACAAGGCUGCAGUGGACAUGAAUGAGAAGGGAACUGAGGCCUCCGCUGCCUCUGGCCUUCUUUCCCAGCCGGUGCCCCUGAACAUGACGUCGGCCCCACACGCCCACGCCCAUUUCAACAGGCCCUUCCUGCUCCUUCUCUGGGAGGUGUACACUCAGAGUCUGCUCUUCCUGGGGAAAGUGGUCAAUCCAGCUGCUGUGUGACUGUGGUGGGAGGCACAGUAUGGCUACCGGGCUGCACUGCAGGAUCCUUCGGAGCAGGCUUCCUUUGGGCCACAAACCAGCUCCCAAAUAAAGACACGGAGACUUAAUAUUAGUUAUGAAUGCCCAACCUUAGCUUAUACUUGUCCUGCUGGCUCUUAUAACUUACUCUGUUUCUCCGAUUUACAUUUGCCUCAGGUUUUUUAUUUUUUUUAACCUUCCUUUCAUUCUGUAUGUCUUACUCCACUGCUUACUCCAUGUCUGGCUGGCAGACGUCUGGCUAGGUGUCUCCCUAGAGUUUCUGCCUCAUUCUCUUCUCCCUUCUUUCCCAGCCUAGCUUAUUUCCUCCUACUUAUUCAUCCUGCCUAUCCCUCUACUGCCUAGCUAUUGGCUCUCCAGUUUUUUAUUAAACCAAUCAGAUGUCUUAGGCAGGCUAAGCAACGUAUCUUUACACCAUUAAACAAAUGCAGCAUAAACAGAUGUAACAUAUCCUUGCAUCAUUAAAAGUACUAUUCCACAACACCCCUGUUCUAAUAAAGCUGAGUUUGGCUGUGAA